UGAUAACGCGAUUGUUUUCACAAAUAUCGCGACUCGUAAAAAUUUAACAAUAAUAUAAUAAUAUUUACUAUUACAUUAUUUCGUUUACGUGUUGUAUUUAUUUUAUCCAGUUCAAAUAAUACGGACGACGCUUGUUGUUAAAUGUCCUCCCCGUUAAUUGUGUUACACGUAGUCGUCCAACGGUAUUGUUACAUUGCGAAAAUCAUUAUGAAAUUUUAGCCAAACAGUUAACAUAUUGUGUGCGAAUAUUGUUGAGAAAAAACAAAAAAAUCUGUUAUUAUGGACGAAUCUACAUUCCUCAUAUUGCUGUCCAUAGUAAUGCUAGUUGCUAGCUAUUUCGCCGGCAAUCUUCCAUUAGUAAUGCCCAUGUCGGAGACCAAAUUAGAACUCGUGUCAAUAUUUGGAGCUGGUCUACUAGUUGGUACCGCUUUGGCUGUGAUAAUACCUGAAGGAAUCCAUGCUCUAUACUCUUCCGUUAUGCCACACAAAACUGCGGAAAAUAUUACAGUAGAAGUGGAUUUAAACAAUGUGAAUUUCCAUUCAAUAAUAGGAAUAACAUUAGUGCUCGGGUUUACGCUUAUGUUACUCAUUGACCAAUUAUCGACUAAGUACACGAAAGACAUCGAAGGUGGCAUUUAUCAUCGUAAUUCCGGUAGCAUGACGGCCACUCUGGGUCUCGUGGUGCACGCGGCCGCCGACGGUAUCGCACUCGGCGCUGCUGCCGCUUCGACUCACACCGAAGUCGAAAUGAUCGUGUUCAUAGCGAUCAUGUUGCACAAAGCGCCGGCCGCGUUCGGAUUGGUCACCAUUCUGUUGCACCAAGGAUUGGACAAGAAACGAAUACGAAAACAUCUAAUCGUCUUCUCCAUGGCAGCUCCGGUCGCAGCGAUUCUUACGUUUUUCUGCAUCGGACAGGAAGGAAAAGAAACGCUGUCGUCGAUGAACGCCACCGGAGCGGCCAUGUUGUUUAGCGCGGGAACAUUUUUGUACGUCGCCACCGUGCACGUACUUCCCGAACUCAUGGUGAAAGCAUCGCGGGACGGGAGCGAUACGUUCAACGCUUACCAGCUUCUCUGCUUGGUUUGUGGAACGUUGACGCCUUUGAUGUUGUCGGUCGAUCAUCACGGACAUUAAGUAUUUUUUCCAAAAGGACGAAUUUGUCGUUUCCGUCGGUCGGUUGUUGAGGACCUAUUUUUUUUUCCAUUAGGUUGCCUUUUAUUUUGUUUGCCAGUUUUAUUAUAAUAAGACAUUUGUAACGCUCGUAAUCUUAACAGUGAGUUGUACAUCUUUAAAAUUUGAGAGUUCGGGCCACACCAUUGCGUAGUCCGAUACAUAUAAUUAUGAUUAUUUAAUGAAUUACUAUAUACAUAUCAUGAAAUUAUAGUUUGGUUUCCUCGGAUUAUGUAUUCCAUUUAAUUAAUUAAUUAUAAUAAUGACAUGUGUAUAUAUAACCAUAAAAAAAGAAAAAACAAAAAGAGUACAACCGAUUGUAUUAAUUAUUUUUAUUUCAUAUUGUUAUUUUUAUAUAUACUAUAGAUUUUUUAUCAUUACUAUUUAGUUUUUAGUCGUUUAAGAAAAUUUGAUGGUGUAAAUGUUAUUAAAAAAAUGUAAAACUUAACUAAACAUUUUUUUGAUAAAUAGUAUUAUUUUAAAUAAAUUAAGGCUGUGUUGAAAGAGACGUCAAUAGUAACAACAAUCUUUCUUGUUAUACUUUUCAAAAUAAUUAGUAAUUAGAAUAUUAUAAGUUUAAAAAAAAGAAAAAACAAUAAA